UUGGGAAUUGCUUGGCGACUCGACCAGGUCCAGAAUGAUCAGCACUGAAUCAGCUGCCGCAGCUUUUUUUUUGCGGGCUCCGACCCCCGGUUGUUCUAAAGCCUUGAUCCUAUGGCAGUUGGACUCUUGUUGGCUGCAUCUCUGGCCCUCGCCACAGCAGAGAACAGCACGCUGCGCGGCCUCGGCAGAACUGCCAAGGAAUCCCCAGUACACCUAGCGUGGACAAGCCUGGCCAACUUUUGCUUGUCCAGUGAUGGGAACCGCAUCGAGAAUGGGGUGAAGGUGCACUUGUGGGAAUGCGACCAGAGCUUCCAAAGCAUAGGGCAGAACUUCUUCGUGGACCAGCAAAAUCGGAUCCGCAUGCAUGCCAAUUUGGAGUAUUGCUUGGUCAUUGACGGUGACAAUUUUGUCAAUGGCUCCAAAAUCCAGCUUUGGAAAUGCGACGAAAAGAACGAACGUCAGCGUUGGUUUACCAAUCUGGUGGGGCAAGUCGUGUCGUACGAGCAGCCGGGCUUCUGCCUUGUCGUUGAUGGUAAUCGCGCCUUCAAUGGUGCCAAGAUUCAGCUGUGGACCUGCAAUGGAGAUUUGAGCCUGAAGUCCUGGAUGAAGAUCGUCCUUGCGCCCAAUGGCCGCGCCUUCGCGGUCCCCAAGGGCGACAGUGCCUGCGAGGCUCCCUUCGAGGCGGCGACAUCGCAGGAGGCUUGUCUCCAAGGGGCCGAAGCCUUGAGGCCCGAACAAAGCUGCAUGUGGGGUAAAUGGAAAGACGUGAUUGCGGAAGACAACAAGCCAAGCUGGCCAAAAGGCUGCUACUUCUACGGCGCGUGCCAAGGUGGCUGCGGACUGUACUUCAACCCCACAGGAGAGGGCAAGAGCUGCCCGAGCCAAGGCGAUUGCAUGAGCAUCUCAAUGAUUUGUCAGCUGAAAACAGCCUGAGCACGAUGGAUUUUUCAGGCGAAAAAACGAUGGAUUCAUGGGAAAACAUGAUGACUCUGAUGAAUCGGGAAGUUUCGAGUUUAUUUGAG